AUGACGCUCAGCUCCGAGAUACUCCUCCAACUAAACCACCUCACCGGCGUGCUGAGCCGUAUCACCACGCCGGACCAGCACACCCCCCUCUCCACCGACGAGCGCAAGGCCGUUAUGCAACAACUCAAGGCCAGCGUCGACCUGCUGGCCAAGCUCGCCGACUCCGCGCUGCAUAUGGAUGGGCCGCGAGGAGGCCCUGUGGCGGAGACGACUGCGAAAGGGGAGGAGGAUGUUCCCGCGGCGGAGAAGGGUAAGGGAGUUGCCGAGGCGGAGAAGGGGAAGGUAGUUACCGCGACGAAGCAGGUUGUUGCCCCGGUGGAGAAGGGAGAGGUGGUUGCAGUGGCGAAGAAAAAGCCUAGUGUUUCUACGUUCAAUGCGAGGCAGAAGGUACCGGUGGCCGCGGGACUCUCUUCUCUUUCUUCUGAUUCGUCUGAUUGA